CCUAAACAAAACCUUACGUCUAACAUAAAUUUAGCAUUACCGAAUUGAGCGGCUCGGACUGUAAUUAAAGCGCCAAGGAGUAGAGGGUAAACAUGGAAAAAGUCAACAGAGAGAUAAAACGUUGGGAUUUGAAAAUUCCAGCUUAUAUACAUUAAUACUGCUUCAAAUCCAGAAAAAAAUUAAGUGCCGAAGAUGAGAGCCAUUAUCGCAUUUCUCCUCUUCCUUUUCCUUACAACAACUACUAGUAUUACAGCAACAGCUCAUGAGUCUUCCAAAUGCAAAGCGUGGCUGGUUCAAUCCAUUCCCACUGAUAUGCCCCAACUUCCUCCUGUUCCCGGCCUUCUUUCAACCGCGGAUGUCCUUCAAUGGCUGGCUGGAAACUCUUCAAAGAGUUUGGACAUAAUUGCACAAUAUUGGCAAUUAGUACCAAGUCUCUCUGAUCCUCGUUCAGGGGAUUAUGGAUACUCAGAUGAGAAGUUGCAGCAAUUUGGGGCUAACGAAGGAUUGAAAGUCUACAAAGCAUUAGAAAGUGCUGCAAAUCGCAAACUUCCAAUUAGACUUUUACAGCAUUCUGGAGUUUAUCCCGAUUACACGGAAGAACCAUCCAACUUAGCAUCAGGGAGGCCAAAUGUGAAGAAUGUUACCUUGCUGCUUAGCGACUGGUGGGGAUCAGGUGUAGUUCAUGCUAAAGUUUGGAUCUCAGACAGUAGAGAUGUUUAUAUUGGAUCUGCAAACAAUGACUGGAAAUCUCUUACUCAGGUAAAGGAGGUAGGAAUAUAUCUCGCUGGUUGCUCAGAUAUAGCAAAAAAGGUUGAAAUCUACUAUGACAACCUUUGGAAACUUGCCCACCUUGAUGUUUCAGCUUACACAAGAUCAGUUUGGGAUUCACAGUGGCAGAUUAAUCGCAAGGUUCCAUGUUGGUCCCAUUAUGUAAAUCCUAAAGACAGGUGCAGAUCACCACUUCCCAAAUGUAUGGAGGUUGCUCACAUCUCUGGCUACCCUGUAUUAUCAGACCCUUUUAUGUUUCACAUUCCCAUAGAGACACCUGGAGUCAAUGAUUCGUUUUUCCAUCCUCAACCAAGCUACCUUUCAUUUGCUCCUCCAGAGCUCUUGUUUGGUAAGUACUAUACAGAUGAACAGGCUUGGGUGGACACCAUUAAAUCAGUAGGAAAUGGAGGAACAGUCAGAAUCAACACCAUGGACUGGCUUGGUCAGUCAGGAUACACAAAAGAAACAGUUUAUUGGCCAUCACUUUCUUCAGCUAUUUCAGAGGUUGUCUUCUCCAAGAGCGCGAAGAUUCAAAUACUGGUCGCAAAGUGGGCUCACUUUAUAAACAACACAGAUCAGUAUCUAAAGUCAUUGCUUUACUCCAACACCCUGUGCUCUUCUUCAAAGUACAAUCAUUGUUCUGGUAAAGUCGAGAUCAAGUAUUACAUUGUUCCAGGAUACAAUUCAACUGGACCUGCAGCACUUAAUGGUACUGCCACCGGGAAUAUGUAUCCUGGCUAUACACGGGUUAAUCAUGGUAAAUAUGCAGUUAGUGAUACGCGUGCACACAUAAGCACCAGCAACCUGGUGUGGGACUACUUUUACACGACAGCAGGCGUUAGCUUUGGGACAUAUCAACCUGCUAUUGUUUCGCAACUUCAAGAAAUCUUCAAUGCUGACUGGAAUUCGCCAUAUGCAGUGCCAGUUGAACCGAUGGAGGAAGGUCAUGCAUGUUCAAGCUGAUGAAAAAAGAAAAAGAAAAAAAAAGAAAGAUUGGCUCAGAGUUCUUCUCUGACACAGUUUGACACAAGUGGAAGUUAAAGGCAUAGGAGAAUGAUUAAAGUUAUUGAAUCCAGAUACUGCAGGAGUUUAGGUUCUUACUCCAUACCAUUCAUUUCUGUGGACAUUAUCGCUUGUAGAAAACCUUUUACAAUUUAUUCAUCAAAUAAAUCUGGUUAUGAUUA